UAACCCAACCCAACCAACCUUUUUACGUUAUAAUAGAAGGCCCAUCCACUUUGUAGUUAGGUCAACCCUAGUAGCAUCUUCUCUUUCAUACACCGAAGCAAUUUACAAGCCGACGACGAAGACGACACAAGCAGCGUCUCACACAAACCCUAGCUGCUACACACCCCAAGUAAGCAACAAGCCGGCGACGACCCAAGCAAACGGGAAACCACCGGAAAUCACCCAUCGGCGACCACAACGCCGACAACAAUCAGAUCGUGUUUGAUUUCGAAGCAGGAAUGGAAGAAGAUUCUCAUGUGCAAAUGAUGAUAAAUGAGGACAAUAAAAUGCCGUGUGGUCAGGAGAUUGGCAAUGAUGAUAGAACAAAUGAGCAAGAGUUAGAAGGAGUAUUAGUUGGGGAUGAAGGGGAAAAACCUAAGGCUGGGAUGGUUUUUUAUUCCGAGGAAGAAGUUCGUAAUUUCUACAACAACUAUGCCCAGCGUCUGGGUUUUGGUGUGACAAAAAUUAGUGUAAAGAAUGGAAAUGACGGCAAAUCAAGAUACUUUUCACUUGCAUGUGCUCAGCAUGGUAAGUCAGUAUCAACAGCAAAAGACUCUUAUCACCCAAGGCCUUCAACUAAGACCAAUUGCAAGGCCAAAAUUAAUGUUACUGCUAAAGAUGAUGGAAGGUUCAUUAUUGCUCGUGUUUAUCUUGAUCAUAAUCAUGCUUUGAAUCCGGGAAAGGUACGACUUAGGUGUAACAAGGCAUUAGAUUCUCAUGUCAAAAGAAAAUUGGAAUUAAAUGACUUGGUGGGUAUAAAGAGGAGUAAAAAUUUCCAUUCAUUUGUUGAAGCUUGUGGCUUCGAAAAUUUGCUGUUAACAGGACAGUUGAGACUUAGAUUUGGAGAUGCUGAAGCCCUUUGUAACUAUUUUUAUCGCAUGCAAAAUAGGAAUUCAAACUUCUUUUUCAUGAUUGAUAUGGAUGGCGAAGGCUGUUUAAGGAAUGUGUUUUGGGCUGAUUCAAGGUGUAGGGCCAUGUACGAGUCAUUUGGAGAUGUUAUCACUUUUGAUACUACAUACCUCACAAAAAAGUAUGACAUGCCGUUGGCUUCAUUUGUUGGGGUGAACCAUCAUGGGCAGUCUGUGUUGCUUGGUUGUGGUUUACUAUCUAAUCAGGAUACCGAUACUUAUACUUGGUUAUUUAAGUCAUGGUUGGCAUGUAUGCUAGGGUGUGCUCCAAAAGCUAUUGUUACAGAUGAGUGCAAGGCUAUUCAAGAAGCAGUCCUAAAGGUGUUUCCUGAUUCUCGGCAUCGUCUGUGCCUUUGGCAUAUCAUGCAAAAGCUUCCUGUGAAAUUGGGGGGACUUGCGCAGUAUAAAAUGAUUAAGAAGAUCUUUGAAAAUAUCGUGUAUGAAUCAGUUCAGCCUGAUGAGUUUGAAAAAAGUUGGGCUGAAAUGAGUAUUGAAUACAACCUUGAGAAUAAUGAAUGGUUGAAGUCGUUAUAUGCUGAUCGUCAUUGUUGGGUUCCAUUAUAUGUGAAAUGGACCUUUUGGGCUGGAAUGUCAACUACCCAACGAGGUGAAGGCAUGAAUGCUUUUUUUGAUGAGUAUGUUCAUUCAAAAACCACCUUGAAGCAAUUUGUUGAACAUUAUGACAAUGCCUUGAAGAGUAAAGUUGAGAAAGAAAGAAAGGCAGAUCUUGCUUCUUUCAGUUCUACCAUCCCAACAAUAACUGUUCUUUCUAUUGAAAAACAGUUCCAGAAUGCUUACACUAAUGAGAUCUUUAAGCUAUUUCAAGAUGAGAUGAGGGGUUUGAUUUAUUGCAAUGUCUCUGUCAUUAAGAGAGAAGGUCCAAUGUCCACAUUUGAAGUGACAGAAAGUGUUGUACAAAAAGAUGGCAUAUAUUCAGAGGAGAUGAAUUAUGAGGUUGUUUACAAUGAGACUGAAUGUAAAGUACAAUGCUUAUGCCACUUGUUUGAAUUUCAGGGUAUUUUGUGUAGACAUGCAAUCUCUGUGAUGAUGAAAGAAAAGAUGAAUGAGGUUCCAUCUCAUUAUAUUCUUGAACGUUGGCGAAAGGACAUUAAGCGUGGGUACACUUUUAUGGAAAAUGCUUACGAUGAUUAUAGCAAUAAUGAACAAAGACACCGCAGUAAUAAGUUGAAUCCACUGUUUCACGAACUUCAAGAGCUUGGAGCAGAGUCUGAUUAUAAAUGUGAGGUUUUAAUUAAAUUAUUGAAGGAGGCAAAGGAGACGCUCCUUGCAAUUGACUCCAGUUGCGAGACUAGACAAAUUAAUCAAGUCAUCGGUGCCAGCAAUUGAAUGGUAGCAUGAGCUCCAUGGAAUAGGAAGCGUUGGCAAUAGGUUGCUUACUCCUUUUAAAAGCGCAAAGAAAAAGUCGUCCACCUUCAGAAAGAAUCCAUAGUUGACGAAAUAGUUCAAAAAGGGAAGAAGGUCUCUGAAUGAAGAUAUGAAGAAACCUCUUUGGUUCCAUGAUGCUGCGUCCUUUUUGGCAAUUUUGUAUUGUCAUCCUCCUUUUCUUCCACAGCUGCACAAUGAAAGAUAUGUUCCUCUCCACAAGCUAUUGCCGUUUCAGCUAACGCAUGUGGGGGGCAUAAAUGACUUGGUGAAAGGAAGUGCAAAAAAUGGAAAAGAACUAUGCAAGAUUAGAGUCCGACAGUUCAACAAGAUGGUUCAUUUACCUGCAAAAACAAUCUCGAGCCUAGAAUUAAUUUUUAAGGUUCUCUUUGGGCGUCCCCUCAUACCAAUUUUGGCUUAUUAUAGGGAUGGAGAACUUGAUCCUUUUUUCUUUGCAUGGAGUUGUGGUGGCUAAUGUUUCGUAGUUUUCUAUUUUAUUUUUCAUUAUAUUUUUUGAUGAGAAUGUUUGUCUAAUUACAUGAGUUGAAAAUAUAUACACACAGCGUUUUAUGGAUAAUGUCAUGAAUGUAUCUGAUGCUGUUAUGUUUUUCUUGAGUUAACUUUGACAGCAUCAAAUUGUAAGUGGUGAAUUUAAAUUCUCUGUGACCGACUCAAAAUUAAUUUACUCCUGUGGUUUCUUAUCCA